CGUGGGCUCAUACUGGUCUUCUUUUGCUGUGUAUAAACAAGCAACAUCAUCAUCUACAGUUUGCGAUUUAUAGCCGGGGGACCGCAAAGUUUUUUCACACUUUGAGGAAGGAAUUAGGACAUCUUUUGCGCGUGAGAGAACGCGCGCGCACGCGAGGGAGGGAGAGAGAGAGCAUUUGAAAACGUCGUAAGUGAAGGGAAGUCAGGGUGCAGCAGCAGCACGGUUUCUGCCAUGGAGUGAAAGGAGGAAACCUCCUCUUCGGCGUCGCCUGCAUGCAAAUGCACCCGACCGGGGUAGAAUAAGGCUGGUUCACCACGCUCAGGUACCGCACCAUUGACUUGGCGUGGAGCGGUGCUUAUCCUCGAACUUAAAGCAGCAAGACACGGUCGCUCAGAAUCUUCCAGAUCGCAUCCAAAGGCUCAUACAGGUGACAAGUGUGCCCAACUUCACCGCACCGGCCGUGCUGACGCGCACAGUGCGUUUGUCCAGAGGUUGCUCGCUGCGUGAGACCCCGCCGCUCCUCUUCUGACAUUUCGCAGCGCUGCCGUGCACAUGCAGACUGUGCGUGUGUGGCAGCGUGACGCAUUUGCGCCUUUAGAUUUGAUUUAUUUAUUUUUAAGAGUCUGGAGUGUCGCGUUUUCGGACAAGUUUGGGUACCGAUCGGAAUGAUCGUCAUGUCCGCAUGGGAUAACUUGCGCGUCUCUCUGUAGAGUGACACAGAGCUCGGCUAGGUGCUGAAGUUGGUUGGGAAUAAUAAUAACAGUACGUAGCGCAGAGGACGAAAGAGGACGAAACGGCUGAAUUUAUUGCCAGCAUCGUCAUCUCCGUGUAAGGAAUCGAAACUGCGCGGGGGGGACUGCUGCUCUUUCCUCCUCUUCAUCUGCACACUUCCAGCCUUUUCUUUUCUUUCCCCCCUCUUUUCUCUUGCAGAAGCAUCAAAGUGAAUUCCAGCUCCUGAAAGCACAGCUGCGUAAACUUGGCCAGAUCUGGUGACAUUGUAGCCUGUGUGUGUCUGUGUGGGUUUGUGUGUGUGUGAUAAGCAGCCUGGAUGGAUAUGCGGCUCACCGAGGGAAUUUGAAAAGCAAAGGGGGAUUACUAUCGGUCCCUCUUGUGUUAUAACCUCAAAAUGGAUGCCCACGUCAGGCUUUGGAGAUGCAACUGGAUUAGCCACUCUUCCGCUGAUCUGCUUGACAUCUGAGUGGCACAAGUGUUCAAAGUUUGGAUAAUCUCAAAGGCUGACGGUGUAGAAUGCAGUCUGGAGUGAAGACGCUCUCCGCAGGUGGAGGUGCGUCACUCUGCUGCCUACUGCUCCUCUGGCUCAUCUACUCCCAUCUGCUCAGAGAGGGCCAGUUGGCGGUGGGAACCUGCGAGAUAGUGAUGCUCAACAGAGACAGCAGUGUUCCCAGGCGGACCAUCGCCAGGCAGACAGCCCGCUGCGCCUGCAGGAGAGGCCAGAUCGCCGGCACCACCAGGGCGAGGCCGGCCUGCGUAGAUGCACGAAUUGUUCGCAGCCGCCAGUGGUGUGAGAUGGCUCCCUGCAUGGAGGGGGAGGUCUGCAGCCUCCUGUUCAACCGAUCCGGCUGGACCUGCACCAGGGGCAGUGGUCGCAUCAAGACCGUCACGCCUUUGCCCAAGGAGCCGUCGUAGGAUGCAGAG